UUUACUUACUCGGGUAAAGUUGCUCACACUGCCUGUUCUCCUCCACCUCGGAUCAGCGCAUCAAGUUUUGCUCCCGGACGCCGAGGAUUAAUCCUCUCCUCACGUUGGCAGACGUUCACUGAUUUUUGCUGGAAGAUGUUGUUUCUCGUGCAGACGUGUAGCGAAUCACUCUGAAGAUUCAGGAUGAGAAAAUGGCGCAUUCGUUUACUCCACCAGGACCGAAAAGUUUCCGUAAGUUCACCCGUGAAUCUCUUAAGGCCAUCGAGAGCCGGAUCGCCGAGGAGAACGCCAGGAAGUCCAAGGACAAGCAGGAGAGAAAUAAAGACAAUGAAUGCGGAAAGAAACCCAACAGUGGCCUGGAGGCCGGGAAGAAUCUGCCCUUCAUAUACGGAGACGUUCCCAGAGGACUGGUGUCCACACCACUGGAGGACCUGGACCAGUUCUACAGCAAUCAGACAACUUUUAUAGUAGUGAACAGAAAAAAGACAAUCACCCGUUUCAACGCCGCUCCUGCCUUGUAUAUCUUCAGUCCCUUCAACCUUCUAAGGAGAAUAUCAAUUAAGAUUUUGGUACAUUCGUUGUUCAGCAUGUUCAUAAUGUUCACUAUACUGACAAACUGCGCUUUCAUGACCUUCUCGCAACCUCCAGACUGGUCCAAGAACGUAGAGUACGCCUUCACUGGGAUAUACACUUUUGAAGCGCUUACAAAGAUCAUUGCGAGGGGGUUCUGUGUCGGACAGUUCACGUUCCUUAGAGACCCGUGGAACUGGUUGGAUUUUGUGGUUAUAGUCAUGGCAUAUGUAACAGAGUUUGUGGAUCUGGGUAGUGUGUCUGCGCUGCGAGCGUUCAGAGUACUCCGAGCCCUGAAAACUAUAUCGGUCAUCCCAGGCCUGAAAACAAUCGUUGGAGCUCUGAUCCAGUCAGUGAAGAAGCUGUCAGAUGUGAUGAUCUUGACCCUUUUUUGCCUAAGCGUCUUUGCUUUGGUCGGACUGCAGCUGUUCAUGGGGAUUCUGAAAAACAAAUGUGUGAUCCUGCCAUCCGAUUACAACUUAUCUGUUUAUAUGAUUAACAAGACAGAGGACUGUUACGAACUGGACUUCUGUAAGAACUACAUUAACAAUCCGAGUAAUCAUUAUAUCCAAACAGGAAAAAAAGAUGCUAUGAUAUGUGGAAGAAGCAGUGAUGCUGGGCAGUGUCCAGAAAAUUAUGUCUGUAUAAAAGCAGGUUUCAAUCCAGAUUAUGGUUACACAAGCUUUGAUUCCUUUGGCUGGGCCUUCCUUUCCUUAUUCAGAUUGAUGACUCAAGACUACUGGGAGAAUCUUUACCAACAGACUCUUCGGGCCGCAGGAAAAACCUACAUGAUUUUUUUUGUACUGGUCAUUUUCUUGGGAUCCUUCUACCUUGUGAAUCUGAUCCUGGCUGUGGUUGCCAUGGCAUAUGAUGAACAAAAUCAAGCUACUAUUGAUGAGGCUUUGAAGAAAGAGGAGGAGUUUAACGCCAUGCUUCAGCAGCUUAUAAGACAGGAAGAGGAAGCUCAGGCUGCCGCUAAUGCAUCUAAAUGUGAUGGGCUGAGUGGAGAAAAGACAGACUCUUCCUCGGACGCCUCCAAACUCAGUUCUAAAAGUGCCAAAGAAAGACGCAACCACAGGAAAAAGAGAAAGCGUCAGGGGGAAGGCAAGGAAGAAGAGGAUUCCAACAGGGAGGGAUUUGAUAGAAAGCCCAGCUUCCGUCUUAUAGCUGAUGGAAAAAUCCGUCUCUCACGUGAAAGGACUUACACGUCUCCACAUCAGUCCCCCCUGAGUAUUCAUGGCUCAAUCCUCACCCCACGUCGAGACAGCAAAGGUAGCGUCUUCAGCUUCCGCGACCGCGUGCAUUCAGAAAACAACUACGCCGACGACGAGCAAAGCGUGUGCGAAGAGACGGGCAGCAGGAGAAACUCUUUGUUUAUACCCUCUCGAUCCGAGCGACUUUACAGCACUCUUAGCAAAAGCAGUCUGACUCCACGUAUACUGUUGCCGUCUAAUGGAAAAGCACGGUACGUGGUCGACAGCAACGGUAUGGUGAUAGUGUCGGGUGGAGCGUCUUCGCCCAACUCGCCCUCCGGGUUACUGACGCCGGAGGUGUCCAGAAAAAGAGCCACGUUUGACGACACUUGCUUUGACACAGAUGAAGAAUUUCGGCACCGAUGUGAUUCAAGGAGCUUUUCGAGGGCUUUUCUAUAUGACCAGUCGGCGAGACAGCGAGCUUUGAGCGUAGCAAGUGUCAGCAACAACACUAUUGACCCGUCGGAGGUCUGGAAGCAGAAGUGUGUGGAGUGCUGGUUCGAGUUUGCAGAGAAUUAUCUGAUCUGGGAUUGCAGUCCCACAUGGGUGAAGAUAAAGAAAAUUGUCCACAUGGUUAUAAUGGACCCCUUCGCAGAUCUGUUCAUCACGAUUUGCAUUGUAAUAAACACAGUAUUCAUGGCCAUGGAGUAUCACCCCAUGGACGAGUCGUACAUUGCCAUGCUUACAACCGCCAAUGUGGUUUUCAUAGCCAUCUUUACAGCAGAGAUGAUAUUGAAGAUCAUUGCGUUGGAUCCCUAUAUGUACUUUCAGGAAGGCUGGAAUAUCUUUGACAGCAUCAUAGUUACACUGAGUCUUCUGGAACUUUGUUCAACUGGAAUCAGUUUUCUUAGGCCAUUCAGACUGCUGAGAGUCUUCAAACUAGCUAAGUCCUGGCCGACUCUGAACAUGCUGAUCAAGAUCAUUGGCAACUCGCUAGGUGCCUUGAGCAACCUGACGCUUGUUCUAGCCAUCAUCGUCUUCAUCUUCGCGGUGGUGGGCAUGCAGCUGUUUGGGAAGAACUACAAAGACUGUGUAUGUAAGAUUGAUGAUGAUUGCAUUCUUCCUCGCUGGCACAUGAACGAUUUCUUCCACUCGUUCCUGAUCGUCUUCAGGGUGCUAUGUGGAGAGUGGAUAGAGACCAUGUGGGACUGCAUGGAAGUGUCAGGACAGACCUUGUGCUUGAUUGUGUUCAUGAUGGUCAUGGUGAUCGGGAAUCUAGUGGUUUUGAACCUGUUCCUCGCUCUGCUGCUCAGCUCGUUCAGUGCAGACAACCUCGCGGUCCCCGGAGAAGAUGCUGAAAAGAACAACCUGCAGAUAGCGGUUGGUCGAAUCAAGAAGGGUUUCGCUGUAGUUAAGGCCUGCCUUCACAAUUUCUUCUGGAGUGGUUGUAUAAGAAAGAGGAAGCAGAAAAAGAAAACCGUAGAUGGGAACAUAAUCUUGAGGAACUGCAAGGGAAUAAAUGAUAGCUCCAACCACACCACACUAGAACUGGGUAAAACCACUGGAUGCACGGGCAUGGAUAGUGACACAGAAGACUUUAUCAGCAACCCAAGCUUGACAGUCAGUGUCCCGAUUGCUGUCGAGGAGUCUGACUUUGAGUGCCUCAACACUGAGGAUUUCAGUAGCCUUUCUUCAGACCUAGACGAUAAAGAGAAGCUGUCCGACGUGGAUCCCAGCUCUUCUGAGGGCAGCACCGUGGACCUCAGACACUUCGGUAAAGAUGGAGAAGAUGCUUUGGACUCUGAACUCGAGGAAUCCAUGGAUCCAGAAGCCUGUUUCACACCAGGCUGUGUCACAAAGUUCCCGUGCUGCCAGGUGGACGCUGAAAAGGGCAUGUGGAAGAAAUGGUGGCUGCUGAGACAGACGUGCUAUAACAUAGUGGAGCACAGCUGGUUUGAGACCUUCAUUGUCUUCAUGAUUCUGCUUAGCAGUGGCGCUCUGGCAUUUGAGGACAUUUACCUUGAAUCAAGGAAAACCGCGAAGACCAUACUGGAAUUCGCUGAUAAAGUUUUCACCUACAUCUUCAUUCUUGAGAUGCUGCUGAAAUGGGUCGCGUAUGGUUUCGCCAAAUACUUCACCAAUCUCUGGUGCUGGCUGGAUUUCAUUAUCGUUGAUGUCUCUCUGAUCAGCCUGGUGGCCAACGCCCUGGAUUAUUCAGAGCUGGGCGCCAUUAAAUCUCUCCGAACCCUGAGAGCCUUUCGACCGCUCCGAGCUCUCUCACGCUUUGAGGGAAUGAGGGUGGUUGUGAACGCUCUUCUGGGAGCCAUCCCCUCCAUCAUGAACGUCCUGCUGGUCUGCCUCAUCUUCUGGCUCAUUUUUAGCAUCGUGGGUGUCAACUACUUUGCGGGAAAGUUUUACGAAUGUAUAAACAAAACCACAGAAAAGCGAUCGCUUUCCCCACAAAUCCGUAAUAAAUCGGAUUGUCUAAACUCCGAUGAACUCGAGUGGAGAAAUGUGAAGAUUAACUUUGACAAUGUAGGAAAUGGAUACCUGGCCCUGCUACAAGUGGCCACUUUUAAAGGGUGGACGCACAUUAUGUAUGCAGCGGUAGACUCUCGCGGUGUAGAUGAACAGCCAGAGUAUGAGGUGAAUCUGUAUAUGUACCUCUAUUUUGUCAUCUUCAUCAUCCUUGGGGCUUUUUUCACAUUAAAUCUCUUCAUUGGCGUCAUCAUUGACAACUUCAAUCAGCAGAAGAAAAAGUUUGGAGGUCAGGAUAUUUUCAUGACAGAAGAGCAGAAGAAAUACUACAAUGCUAUGAAAAAGCUUGGCUCAAAGAAACCUCAAAAACCCAUCCCAAGGCCAAAAAACAAGAUUCAAGGAUUCUUCUUUGACCUCGUAACCAAUCAGGCCUUUGACAUUUUCAUUAUGGCCCUUAUCUGGCUAAAUAUGGUCACUAUGAUGGUGGAGACGGAAGAUCAGUCCAAAGAAAUGACCAAAGUGCUGUCCUGGAUCAAUCUUGUUUUCAUUGUGCUCUUCACCAGUGAAUGUCUGCUGAAGAUGGUCGCGUUACGGCAGUACUUCUUCACCAUCGGCUGGAAUGUAUUCGACUUUAUCGUUGUCAUCCUGUCUAUAGUUGGCAUGUUCCUGGCAGAAGUCAUUAAAAAGUACUUCGUCUCGCCCACCUUGUUUCGCGUCAUUCGCCUCGCCCGGAUCGGCCGUGUGUUACGACUAAUCCGAGGCGCCAAGGGAAUACGAACCCUUCUGUUUGCGUUGAUGAUGUCACUUCCUGCCCUUUUCAACAUCGGACUUCUUCUCUUCCUUGUCAUGUUCAUCUAUGCCAUCUUCGGCAUGUCCAACUUCGCCUACGUCAAAAAGUCGAAUGGCAUCGACGACAUGUUCAACUUCGAGACGUUUGGCAACAGCAUGUUGUGUUUGUUUCAGAUCACCACCUCGGCAGGCUGGGACGGCCUGCUGGCACCCAUGCUAAAUACCAACGGAUCCACUUGCGACCCGAAUAAAACCUUCCCCGGCAGCCAGGCCAAAGGCGACUGCGGGAACCCUCCCAUCGGGAUUUUCUUCUUCGUCAGCUACAUCAUCAUAUGCUUCCUGAUCGUGGUGAACAUGUACAUCGCCGUCAUCCUGGAGAACUUCAGCGUGGCCACCGAGGAAAGCGCAGAGCCUCUGAGCGAAGAUGACUUCGAUAGGUUUUACGAGGUUUGGGAGAAGUUUGACCCCAACGCCACGCAGUUCAUGGAUUACGACAAGUUGUCGGACUUCGCCAAUUCUCUGGAUCCGCCCCUGCGCUUACCCAAGCCCAACCGCCUGCAGCUGAUCUCCAUGGAUCUGCCGAUGGUGAGCGGCGAACGCAUCCACUGCCUGGAUAUCUUGUUCGCGUUCACCAAACGGGUUCUCGGGGAAGGCGGCGAGAUGGACAUCCUUCGCGGGCAAAUGGAAGACCGCUUCAUGGCCUCCAACCCCUCAAAGUCCUCUUACGAGCCCAUCACCACAACCCUGCGCAGGAAGCAUGAAGACAUGUCUGCUGCAAUCAUCCAGAGAGCCUUCAGGAACCACAUGGUCCGACAUAGUACAAAGAAGGUCCGUAAUGUCCACAGAGAGAAAAGGCAGCAAAACGGGAAGGUCCCGAGCAAAGAGUCUGUUAACAAUGACAAGUGCGAUAAUAACAGCGCUUCGGAAAUCUCGGACGCGACUCCCUCCACGUCCUCUCCGCUGUCGUAUGACAGCUUGAUUCAGAACGCCACAAACAAAUACAAGAAGGACAAACAUGAGAAGGAAGUGGAAGACAAAGGUAAUAGCGUUUAGAGUAGCGUUGCGAACAAUUGUUUACAACUUUUACUUCAAGUUAUUCGUCAGGGUCAGGUGACCUUGUCUGUUCGAUGUGGAUGUCUAUGCCAUACUGCCUGAGCAUACUUGAACUUUGUGCCUAUUCUGGAGCAGCGAUUGACACAAGUUAGGCGGUGAAGCUGCUACGCCUAACCCGUUUCACUCGCUGGCGAAAAUGGCGAUGGACCAAAUGUCGUUGUUUUGUCUAAGCGCUGCGAUCUGAUGUGUUUUCUUUGCGUGGCGUUCAGCAGGUUUGUGUGUCCAGCGUCUUGUAUUUAUAGGUGAAGUGUGUGAUUCUUCUGGCACUAGUGGCACUAAACCUUACUAAUAUAGUGUGCGGUUAAAGCAUAUAUAUAAUAUAGAUAAUAUAUUUAAAAUCAUUGUUCGGCAAGGGCACUGUUUAAUUUAGAAAAAGACAUUUAUGGUGUCAUUGCAAAUAAAUUCUGUUCUUUUGAAAUUCUUGAGAAUCCUUAAAAAUAAUGUAGGUUUCAGCAAAAACGUGAGGAAGCGCGGUUUCAUUAAAAAUAAGAAAUAACACCAAAUCAGUUUCUGAAGCAUCAUGUGACAUCUGCAAACUGACCUUUAAAUAACAGGAAUAAAUACCUACAUUUAAAAAGGAGCUGUAAUAAUAUUUCACAAUAGUAAUGUUUUACUGUAUUUUUAUCAAUUAAUUGCACACUGUAUAAGCGAUUUAACACCAAAGUUUUUAUAGGUAUAUAAAUAUAUGUUUUACUUUUCACCAUUGCCAUUACGUAAAUAUAUAAGUCACUGUGAUAUUUAAAAUAUCAGUUCAUUUUAUAUUGCCAAAAAAAUUAAAAAUACUGUACAUAUUUAAUAUAUCACCCAGCCCUAUUUGCUAAAAAACAGUAGUCCAUAAAAAACAGGCAAUUGGUCGUCAGUGGUUCAAAAUUUAACUAGUUAACUUUACUAGUUAAUCCCUUACGGUAGAUGCUGUAACUACACCAUUAUGAGAAAAAUUAUAUAUUAUAUAGCAAUGGAUAUGGGACUUUAUGUUAUUGCAAUUGAACAGGAAUGUUUGGUGCUUCUAUUACUGCAGAAAUGACACACUUCCUCUUUAAAUGUCAUUGUUUUAACAGUUCGUGGUUGUUGAGAGAAUUUUCUCGUUUGUUUUUAAGCGAGCGUGACUUGUUGCGUUUUCCUAUGUUACUUGAGACAGAGUUGAUGUAUUUUUUUCCUCUAUUGACUGCACUACUCGACACGCGUGUAAUUAUAGUUGCAUGACAGCUCGCCUGUAGUCGUACAAGUUUCCCACUCAGUAUUUCAGAAUGGCUCAGUGCCUCUCAGGUCUCUCUUCAAUACGUUAGAAAGCCAUUCGCACACGUGCCUUCCCUACUCGACAGCUUGCAGCAAACACUUUCCUUAAAACCUCAAGACUUCUGUCACGUCCUGAACUGUGAAACCCGUCGGAUUUCAGCCUUUUCCGUAGCUGCGUCAUUAACAGUGCGCUCGAAACCGCUUUUAAAGGAAUAGUUCACCCAAAAAGUUCACCGUUAGGGCUUGCUACUUCAAGCCAUUGCUCUAGUUACGAGUCCUCUAUCCAUUCAUUGCUUUCUGAAUCGGUAGAAAAAUGCGCACAGAUUCUGACGGCACCCAUUGGUGAGCGAGUGGCGCGACGCUGCAUUUCUCCAAAUCUGUUCCGAUGGAGAAACCAACUCAUCUACAUAUUGGACGACCUGAGACUUUCGAAUUGUUUUGAGUGAACUAUUCCCAUUUAGAGAUGCGUUCCCAUCUCCUUCGCUUCUGCAUCGCGGCGGGAUUCAUCGACGGUUUUGAAUUCAUUUUUGUAUAUGAACUCCAGUUUGGUCAGGUAGCUGUUCUAGACCACGUCUUAAGCCAAAACUGCAUCUUUCAGCGUUCGAAUCUUUGCAUUUUUAAAGGUUUCUCUUAAAAAAAACGGUUCUUCGUACGUGUAAAUAUUUUGUAGGAAUAUGCAAUCUGUUAUAUAAUUUCUACAACGCAUAAAUUACGGAUUAUAAUCUAUAUAGGGAAUGUGAAAGGUUUAAAAGUAAAAGCUUAUAUGCAUCAUAAAAGCUAAAAUACAAAAAAAAUUAUGCUGAAGAUAUGUAAUCUUUUUGAUUAUGUUGAAGCUAAAAUGGUGGGGCGUUUUUUAUUUGUAUUAUGCGUUCGGUUUUUAUAAACAACACUGAGGAAUAUAAAAAUGCGCCACUUUCGUUCGCUGCAUAUUUCAACGAUGAAGAUUCUAGUUCGGUAUAUUUCCGUUAUCACCGUUAGCCAACAGGUUGUUUGACAUGCAUCUUCGCGAUGACUGAAGACUGAUGGGAUAGUGUGUAUUUGUUUACAUUUUUAUAGUUAUGAAUGUUAUCAUUGCAUUUCGUUUCAUGUCAGAGACUCGUUCCACAUAAACAGUCGUAAGUGUAACUGCUCCACGUGAAUGUGACAUGUAUUGAGAAAAUUAAUUCUAGGUAUAUUAUGAAUUCAUAUGAGAUGAAUAUCAAAAUAGCGUAAGACAUAAAUCAGUAGCUUUUAUAUGCAUCAUGCUUGUAGUCUGUGAGUUAAACUGCAUGCGAGACAUUGCUAUGAAUCAGUUCUUUAAGCUAAAAGAAUAAACUCAUCACAUACCUCACAUCUGAUUUACUAUUUAUUGUAACUUGGGAUUAU